UGAAAGAGCGAAGCCUCCGUCGGUAACUUCAAAGAGCACGCUCCGUAAGAACCAGGUCGUUCACGAACGACCCAUUACUCCUUCAUGAAUCAACACGUUGUGAGAGACGAGAGAGGAGGAGGAGGAGGAAGAAGAGGAGGAGAGUCCUGUUCGUUGGCCGCAUUUGGAUCCGUGUAGGAUGCUGGAGUGGACGUUGCGUGUCAAACUAAACUAAACGGAGAUUAAUGGGAGCACUUUUUUUAGGGCAGCUGGAAGAUUUUGCUUCUGCGAACAUGGCCGCGGGUGAGGGCAAUGCGCUAUAGACUAGUUCCAACAAAAUAGAAGAGUUUACAUUUUAAAGUGGAUAAACGUUAAAACUUGCGGUGAGGAUGGAAACGUGUGUUGUUCUAACCUCCCGGGAUCAGUUCAUGCUGAGCCCACUUGUCACUUGGGUGAAGACCUUUGUUACUAAACAUGAUGAAGACUUGGACUUUUCUGAACUGUUGGAUGGAGUCAUAUUGAAUGAUGUUAUGAGUCAAAUAAAUCCUCCAACUGUACCUCAAACUGCAAAUAAAUUCAUCAAGGAUCCAAGUCAGAGGGUCCGGAACUUGACUUUCCUUGUUCAGCAAAUCAAGACAUAUUAUCUGGAACACCUGAGACAGUUGAUUCUGAUUCCUGUUCCAAAUGUUCUGCUACUUGCUAGGAUUCCCCACACAGGACAAACUCUGGAGGAAAUGAAAAAAUUGUUGUUGCUGCUGCUAGGAUGUGCAGUCCAGUGUGAGAAAAAGCAGGAGUACAUUGAGAGAAUCCAGACACUGGACUUCGACACAAAGGCAGCUAUCGCACUACAUAUUCAAGAGCUAACCCACUGUCCGGACAAGCUACUAGACCUCCACUGGUUGGAGUCCAGUGGGCUGCCCACAGACGAGCUGGAGGUCCUGUCAAAGAAUAUGGCCAUACAUCUUCAACGCCUUCUCGACCAGAGGGACACCCAUCUGGAAACUAUUGCAGAGCUAACACAGGAAAGGGAAGGUGUGGUGAGCAUGCUGUCAAUCCCAUCCAGUUCGCCAUGCACCGUGUACCCAUCCUGUAUGCAACAGCAGCAGCAGACUGGUGCUCAGCAGCACUUAGUAGUGGAACUUGCCGAUUCUAAGGCCAAGAUCAGACGACUUAGACAAGAGCUAGAAGAGAAGAGUGAACAGAUGUUAGACAGCCGACACGAGCUAGAGAACAUGGAGGGAGAGCUGAAGAGGAUGCAGCAGGAGAAUCUGCAGCUGCUCGUGGACGCCCGGGCAGCCCGUACCUACCGCGACGAGCUGGACGCUCUGAGAGAGCAAGCAAUCAAAGCAGACAAGUUGGAGAGCGAGGUUGGACGGUACAGGGAGCAACUGCACAAGAUAGAGUUCUACAAGGCCAAAGUGGAGGAACUCAAAGAGGACAACAGAGUGCUCCAUGAGACAAAGGAGAUGUUGGAGGAUCAGCUGGCAGGCUGGCGGGUACGCUCAGAUAAAAUCCACCAGCUAGAAAAACAUGGUCUUCUCUUCAAGGCCCGGCUUCACGACAUGGAACAAGAAAGAGAAGCAGAUCUUAAGCGCAUCGAGGAGCUGCAGGACGAAAACUUGACACUGUGUUUGGCACAGAGAAGGAGCAUGGAUGAGUCCCAACACCUGGGAUGGGAGUUAGAGCAGCUUUCCAAGACCACUGAUAAUUCUCAUGGGCAGCAGACUUUAGGUGAGGAAGUGAGUGAGCGUAUCCGCAGUCGGCUGCUAAAAUUGGAGAAAGAGAACAAACAUCUCCUGAAAACUGUUGAGGAGCUCAGAAGUAAAACACAGUCCAGGAAACACAUCCACCACAAUGACAAGGACCGUGUCCAUCAGAAGGUCUGCAGCACAGACAAGUGGGCCUCAUCAACAAAAGAAAACACUAGGUUAAUGAUUCCCUGCUCAGUUGAACAGAACAGCAGCCUAGGUCUGCUAAAUCAGAAGAUAGUUAUAAUAGAUUCAAAAUACCAGCUAGAAGAACCAGAGGGAGUUCAUGCAGACCUCCGUUCAGCUAUUGCGGCUCCCAAUGUUCAAGGGAACGAACAGUUCAAGGAUGAUGAGAGCGGAGAACAUUUUAAAGCAGUUUUGCCUGGCCUGGAAAUCUAUGAAAACUGUGCCAAUUCUUCUGUGGGAGCACACGAUCCCUCGCCUGGCUCAAGAAGCAGCCUCUCUAGCUAUGACGGCACCUUCACAAGUCUGCCAGCCCGCUUCACUUAUGCCAACAAGCAAACAGAGCGACUGGAGGGCAAGUGCAGGAUGCUGGACUCCAUUAAUCAACAACUACAAACAUCUCUUGCUAACAUUGAGCGAAAAGUGCAGCGAUUGGAGGCUGAGGUUCAGGAGCUGGAGGCAAACAAUCAUAGCCUCCGGGCCGCUUUAGAAGAACUCAGGAUUACUGCGCGCCAUCUGGAUCAGAUGGAAGCAGAGAAGCAGAGUUUGGAACAAGAAACCACAACUCUAGAGAAGGAAAAAAGAAAGCUGGAGAAGGAAAAUCGACGACUUCGCCAGCAGAGUGAAAUCCAAGAAGCCAAUUUAGACAACAGCAAUGUCUGCAUGGCGAGCCUGGAAAGGGAGCUGCGCUGCCUGGCAAAGGAGGUGGAGGAGUUGAGGGACACAGCAGAAAGAGUGAAAGGCCUGGAGAGAGACAACAGAGAACUGACCAAGCAAGCAGCUAUUGACCAGAAGACCCUCACCACUCUUAGAGAGGAGCUUGUUGGUGAAAAACUGAAGACUCAGCAGAGAGAUACAGAACUCGAGAGGCUGGCCCAUGAGCAGGAGUUAAAGUUUCUCAACCAAGAGAGUAAACAACAAAUGGAACUCAACUCAGCGGACAGCAGGUUCAAGAUGCUGGAGUCAGAGUUGCAGUUGUCCGUGAAAAGGUCUUUUCAAAUUAAAGAAGAGAAAAUGGCUGUCCUAGAGGCCCGUUUGCAAGAAUUCGCCUCACUCAAUCAGCAGCUUCGCCAUGAGCUCAAAACUGUGAAGCUGCGCAAUGAAGCCUUGCAACAGAAGCAGGAGGAGGCAUCAACUGCAUCAAGCUCUACGCCACCAAGCGAGAACGGCAAGGCAGUGAGUGAAUGGCUGCGGGAAAGUCAAGAAACAACCAAAGAACUGCUGAAGCUCAAAGACCGUCUGAUUGAAGUGGAGAGGAAUAAUGCAACGCUGGGGACAGAGCGUCAGGCUACGCAGGCCCAGCUGAAGCAGCUGGAGAGUCAGUCCGACAGUCAACAGGCUCAGAUCCUUGCCCUGCAGAGGCAAGCAGCCUCCCUGCAAGAGAACAACACUGCUUUGCAGACACACAAUGCUAACCUGCAGGUGGAAAAAUCCACACUGAACUCGCAGAGCGCCUCCCUGUUGGCCCAAAACGCUCAGCUGCAGCAUCAGCAAGCAGGGACAGAAAGUGAGAAAGACAGCGCUGUGCGGGAACUCAAAGGGUUGCGUGGCGCUAAUGAGCAGCUAUUACGCGACCAUGAACGGCUAGCGGCUCUUCAUGAGCGGCAAGCUACGGAGUACGAGGUCCUGAUGGGGAAACAUGGCUGUUUGAAAAAUGCCCAUCGCACACUGGAGCUGGAGCAUCGUACACUGCAGGACAGAUACAACAGCGUGUUACAACAGCGGACCAAACUGGAGGAUCUGGAGAAAGCGCUGAAGGAGGAGCAGAUGAGGAUAGGUCUGGAGAAGGAGCAUCAUAGCAGCAUUGCUGCUGAAUGUUGCAGGCUGCGGGAUGAGAAAGAUUGGCUGAACCAAACGUAUCGGCAGCUCCUGAACGACAAUGAGCAGCUGACAGCAGAUCACAAGCAGCUUAAAAGCCAAUUAAAUGAGACUAAGCUGGAGCACACCUGGCUGGAGGCUGAUUUUUCCAAGCUCAAAAAGGAGUAUCAGCAGCUUGACAUCACCUCUACAAAGCUCAGUAACCAGUGCGAGUUGCUGAGUCAGUUAAAGGGAAACCUGGAGGAGGAGAACCACCAUCUUCUCGGUCAGAUCGACACACUGAUGCUGCAGAACCGCACCUUGUUGGAGCAGACUAUUGAGAGCAAGGAUCUGUUUCACAUAGAAGAACGGCAGUAUAUUGACAAACUUAACGAUUUGAGGAGGCAAAAGGAGAAGCUGGAGGAGAAGAUAAUGGACCAGUAUAGGUUUUAUGAGCCCUCACCUCCUCGUAGGCGAGGCAACUGGAUCUCUCUGAAGUGGAAGAAGUUGAUCAAAUCUAACAGCCGUGAACAUGGACUAGAUCAACCUCUUAAACCAACACUCUCAGAGCCGACUGAGGCACAACUCUCACGUCAUGACAGCGGCUCCAUCAUCAGUUCAGAUGGCUCUGGAGGCUCGGUUUCCACAUCAGCAGCUCUGAGCAGCUUGGUGUACCCUUCUGCCAUGUUGGAGGAGACUCAAUGGGCAGAGAGCUCUGAGGAGAUGGAAGGGUACCAAGCUGACAUGCAGGACAGGAAACAAGCAUUGACCUCAUUCCUUAGCUCAUCCAUCUUGUCCAUCCUCCACCUGCAUCCCACCACUGAACCAUCCAUCCAACGCCACCCUACUGAGACUGGCGUUCCAGAUGUGUCACAACUGACAGACAAGGAUCUCAAUGACAGUGCUGUGCCAUCUGGUUUUGAGGACAACGACGAGCUGCAGCAUCACGAGCGUAAUGCGGCCCCGAAUCGAGCUCAAAGCGAGAGCAGUGGUGAGUUCAGCAUGAGUCUGGAUAAUGAGCCCUGGUCAAAUGGCAGCAGCCCUGUCCAACAGACGCUAUCUCGCCGCUCAUCUUCGUUAUACCAACCACCCCGUGACGCCUCCACGCCUCAGCACGACCAGAAGGCCUCCUCCGCAGCACACAAGGAGAAAGCAUCGACCAUGCCCAUGACAAAGAGCCACGAUUCAGAUCUCAAGCUUAUACUUAAACAAAAAGAGUACACUCCGACCCAAGACUUGUGGCUCACGCGGGGAACACGGAGCAUCAGAAGGGGAUCAAAGAGAAAAGAAACACGUCGCUCAUCCGAUUUCGGGGGCAUGGUCAGCACAAAUGUCAGAUCUAGCUCCAGUAAUACUGAAUGUACCAAGGCCUCAGCUUCUGCACCAAUUACAGUCUUCUGUGUUCAGGGUAAGUCGUCCUCAAUGUCUGGCUGCCUCAAUUGCUUCUCCAAUCCUUUGGGAAAAGAAGGGCGGGUAAAGGGAUUCAGGUCUCCCAAAAGUCUACCUCGUGCCAGCGCUGUGAUUACCACAGCUGAUGGCCCGUCCAGGUGCCCCAGCGUCAACGGCGACUGCAGGGCGCCUGUCAAGACUGAGACACUUCCUGCAGGAAAGUGCAAUAACAACAAUCAUCAAGAAAUAACAAUCAAAGCCAGUCAACAACCAGAGCCUGAGCCCAUUCCUCCGGUCAAACCUCCCAGAGACCCAGCGGUUAUUGUUACCGAAGACCACUCAAAGUCUCCUGUACAGGAGUCUGAUUUCAACUCUCAGUUCACACUCAGCUCUGUCUUUUCUAACACGAUCUUCAGUGAUUGUGCAGGGACUUUGACAACGCCAGACCCUUUUCUCUCAGAGUCCACUUGUAAAGCCACCAGCGAGCCAGGAGUCUACUCGUAACCAUGUAGUUCCACAAGGGUAAAUAACGUCAAAUCAACGGUUACAUUAUUGAGUAACAUAACACAUUAGUGUGUUUUACAUGACAUUGGGUCGUACUGCACAGACUAGGGGUGUGGGAAAAAAUCGAUUCGAAUUCAAAUCGCCAUUCUCACGUUGUACGGUUCAGUAUCGAUUCUCAUUUUUCAAAAAUCGAUUUUCUUUUUUUUCUUCUUUUUUUAAAUUUUCUUUUUCUUUUUCUUUUUCUUUUCUUUUUUUUAUUAAUCAAUCCAACAAAACAAUACACAGCAAUACCAUAACAAUGCAAUCCAAUUCCAAAACCAAACCCGACCCAGCAACACUCAGAACUGCAAUAAACAGAGCAAUUGAGAGGAGACACAAACACGACACAGAACAAUCCAAAAGUAGUGAAACAAAAAUGAAUAUUAUCAACAACAGUAUCAAUAUUAGUAACAAUUUCAACAUAGCAGUGAUUAAAAAUCCCUCAUUGACAUUAUCAUUAGACUUUUUUUUUAAAAAUAAAAUAAAAGAACAAUAGUGUCACAGUGGCUUACACUUGCAUCGCAUCUCAUAAGCUUGACAACACACUGUGUCCAAUAUUUUCACAAAGAUAAAAUAAAUCAUAUUUUUGGUUCAUUUAAUAGUUAAAACAAAUUUACAUUAUUGCAAUCAGUUGAUAAAACAUUGUCCUUUACAAUUAUAAAAGCUUUUUACAAAAAUCUACUACUCAGCUUGCAUGUCAGCAGACUGGGGUAGAUCCUGCUGAAAUCCUAUGUAUUGAAUGAAUAGAGAAUUGUUUUGAAUCGUAAAAAUAUAGUUUUUGAAACGAGAAUCGCGUUGAAUCGAAAAAAUCGAUUUAUAAUCGAAUCGUGACCCCAAGAAUCGAUAUUGAAUCGAAUCGUGGGACACCCAAAGAUUCGCAGCCCUAGCACAGACUGUAUAUUUUCGGUUGGGUUUCUGUUCCUGUCUGUUAGAUUGUAAAACAUAUAUAGCAGCUUUUAUCCUGGUAGUGUGAUAGUACACAAAUGGAGGCUUAAAGUAGGGAAGGGAUUCAUACCCCACCAAGUCACACCAAAUACUAUACAAAUGGGACUCACUACCUCCCUGCUUGGCACUCAGCAUCAAGGGUUGGAAUUGGGGGUUAAAUCACCAAAAUGAUUCCCAGGCGCGGCCACCGCUGCUGCUCACUGCUCCCCUCACCUGCCACGGGGUGCGGGUGAUGGGUCAAAUGCAGAGGAUAAUCUCACCACACCUACUGUGUGUGUGACAAUCAUUGGUACUUUAACUUUAAAAAUAUGGCCCCGUAAUCAUUUUGCAAUGCUGUUUGCUGAAAAUGAUGGAAAGUGCCACUCUAAAGUUGAAAUUGCCACCAAACACAUUUUUUAAUAUUCAACACUCUACUGCCAUCUAGCGGCUGAAGUAGAUAGUGCGCACCCCCCACCCACCCCCUAUUCGUUGCGUUUCAUGUGUCAGGCAAACUGCGACGAAAGGGGCCAUAACAUUUCCAUCCCCUUCCUACUAUAUGUCAGAAACGACAUAUAGAGCUUAAAAACUAGGGCAAAAAUAUAAUUGACUUGCUGUGCAUAGUGACCCCUGAUAGGAAAUACUAAAAUAGAGGGGGGAGGGGGGGAAUUACUUCUGCUACAUCAAAUAUGAUACACUCAAGAUUUGUGUCCCCACUCCUGUGGUUUGUCUAUCAUUUGGGGAUUUUUUUGUACAUUUUAUGUCCGAAUGCUUUACUAGUAUUUUUGGAUUGAUCAUAUUCUGAGUUUUAUGACAUUAGAACGUGAACCUGAGGAACUGUGACAUUCACAUGUAACAUGUAAAUCUUAUCCUGUGUGUUUUAUCCAUUUUAAUAGAGAAACUAUUUAAGCAAAAUAGAAAAAAACGUUGUCCUUGUUGGAAUUGUUGUUUACUGUUCUUAUUGGAUGUAGUGUUGCCAGACAUGAUCAUUAUUGUAUUCUACAAUAAUUUCACACUUUGUACGAUGUAAUAACCACAAAAAUGUCAUAAAGCAUGUAGGUUUGAGUCCUUCAAUUUCAAUUUAUGGUUAGUAGCAAACAAAUUAUGGAGAUAAAUCUGUCUUUCAUGCAACCAAAUAUGAAAUAAAAUCACUUACAAACAAAAACGUUCUGGUUGCAAAUCUCUUUUUUUUUUUUUUUUUUUGAUUCCUAAUCCUUUUUUUUUUGGUUAUGAUCAACUUCAACCUUGUGGGCGGGGCCUCUCCUGAUCAAAAUAAUAAUUUUGGUUGCAAAUCUUUUUUUCGUUGUCCAUAAGGUGUCAAACAUUUUUUGUUCAAGGGUGUGAAUCUUUGGGCACCUAACUAUUGGAUCCAAUUCCUAAGGUGACAAUUCGAUUCAGCACGAUUCCCAAUUUUCGUAAUGUAAUAUUUGGUAUAAUAAUUAUACUCAAACUUUUUCAAAACAGGUUAGAGGUUAGAAAAGCUCCUUCUGAUGUUUUGAUUUAGCUUUUACCUAAUAUUAAUUAUUUUAUUGAAGUCAUUUGUAUUUUACUUUUUAUCCUAUUAGUUAUGCUAGAUUGUAUUUAGUUAUAUUUAUUUAUUUACUGUAUAUAUAUAGCCAUCCAUACAUUUUCUACCGCUUAUCCCUUUUGGGGUCGCGGGGGUGCUGGAGCCUAUCUCAGCUACAAUCGGGCGGAAGGCGGGGUACACCCUGGACAAGUCGCCACCUCAUAUAUAUUUAUUUAUUUAUUUUCUAUUGAUCUUCAUAUGUCUAACUUGUAUUUUAUUCUUUAUCUCUCCACAUGGUUCUUACUAUUUUACAAGUUUUAUUAUUUUUAUUUUCCACCGUUCCUCAGAUGAGCCAUCUGCCUCAGGGGUUAUCGGCCGUGCUUGUGGGGGCGCUUUGUGUUAGCGUCCUGGUGGCCAUGGUCUGAUGCCCUCCUAGUGCAGAUGGCUCCUGUGAUAGUGUUUACUCACAUGUCGCCUCUGUACUCAGCCAUGUAAUCAUUGGUCCAUAUAGUUGCAUAUGUGUGUAUAUUGUGUGUGUUUGUGUUUGGUAUCUGCGUCCGUGCGUAUGUAUGUGAUAAUGGGGCAUAUGGUCACCGGGGUAUUGUUUUUAACUUUAUGAAGCACUUUGCGUUGCAUUUCUUUUAUGUAUGAAAAGCGCUUUAUAAAUAAAGCUUGAUUUGAUUUGAUUGAUUCUGGUUACAUGGAGUUUGUCUAAAAACAUAUUUAAAACAUGUA